AUGCGCUUAAAUCUCACGCCUCGCCAGAGUGACAGCACGUCAUCGUCACAGCUCAGCGACCCUGACCCGCUCCCACUCUCGCUGCAGCGGAGGAACAGAGCCCUGGGGAACCCAGGAGCUGUGGAAAGCCAGCUCUCCUUUGUGGCCCAGGAAGCACAGAAAUUCUGCCAGCCAAGAGACAAAGAAAGAGAAGUAAAGCCAGCACAUGGAGAUAAGAAAGUGAACAUAACUUCAGAGCAGUAUCGCCAGGCCCAUAAGCUGGGAUCACUCUCAGGAAUGACCAUCAGCCCAGAGCCAUGGGGCUUGUUGGAUGCAGGGGUGAGUGGGGCUUGCAGAAAACAGCCCACCAUCGAUGCUCUGAUAUCCGAAUGCCACUCUGGAGUCAGUUUGGGAAGGUGGUGGUCACCAUGCUUAGAGCUGUGCUUGGAAGUGACAAAAAGUGUUCUGGUACAGAAAGCCAAGACCGCUGAGCAGGCUGAGUGCGGUGAUGAUGUGGCUGCAGCUGGGAAGGCAGCCAUGCCACAGGGGCAUGCACCCCCAACUGAAGACAGCAAUCUGCCCUCUGCCGCCUACAGGAACAUGGCGGGUGCCCGCCGUUCUUCCUGGAUUCUCAUCUCCAGCACUGAGCAGGGAACAGGGAGGAAUGAGAAGCAGCAGAUGGGCAAAGAGUUGUGGAAGACAGAGGCAGAGCUGCUGGACAUCGGCAAUGAGGUUCCAGAGCGGUUGGGCAGGUCUCUCAUUCCCCACGCUACGCAACCUGAAAGCAAGCUGUUCUGCUUGGAAAUGAAAGGAGAUCAUUUCAGGUAUCUUUGGGUGUCGUCUGGAGACAAUAAACAAACUACUCUGUUGAACUCCUGUUGUGGGAAGUCAGGGACCCCAAACGGAGGGACCAGCCGAAGCCACGGCAGAAGAACAUAAAUUGUGAAGAUU